UCGCACAAAAUUGCCGGCCUUCCCGAUCGGAUAAUCCGGUUCGAUUCGGAGCCCGAGUUGUUUUCAACGAUGCACAAUCCAUAUUGGAGAAUCGGCUUGUUAUACAUUCCCGGGAAGAAAUAAAUUAUUUUCGGACAAAGUGGAAGUCGUCUCCCUGCUCAUCAGUCGCUCCACCGUCCUCGUGAGCUUCGUCUUAAUCUUUCCGGCCACUCAAUGUCGACCACCUUAGAUGAAGAAUCCAUCAACCAACCUAGUUUAGGUGACAACAUUCUGCAAGAGCAGAGUCUCUCAACCCAUGAGUUGAAUAACGCUGAGCAUGCGGUUUCUAACUGUUCAUUCAGAGCUCAAGUACCCUGCAGAUUAACGUUCGGCGCCGAAAUCUUACCGCUUUUGGGGAAUCCAUACUUCAUUUCAAUCAUGGCAAAGUCCCAUGUUCAAUUGCCAUAUCAACUGGUAGUCCCAACUAGUUUCCGCGAUGCUCUUCCAAGUGCUACUGUUAAGGGAGUCCUUGCAUGUCGGGGUAAGAUUUGGGAAAUAAGAUACUGUGGUGACUGCACCUUGAAGAGAUUUGGUGUUGGAUGGCGUAAGUUUGUGGAGGACAACGAAUUGCGAGUGGGAGAUGGAUGUGUUUUUGAGCUUAUGGAUGAUAAGGAGCUGAGGUUCCGGGUGCAGAUUCUAGAUGGACAAAUCCCCACCAAGAUUUUCAAAAGAGGAAGCUUGGAGCGGCCAAUCAAUAUUGAUUAAUUAAGGUGUCCUGAGGUUUCGGAGUAACGCACAAGCCAUGAUUGCUGCUGUUCUGUAUGCUAUAUUUGAAUUGGUUUAGUUUAAAGAUUUAUGGAAGGGAGACAAAACUGUAUACUUGAUAUGAUUUGAAACUUCAUUCCAUUGGAAUUAUUUGGAAUAAGAGAUGUGAUUGUGUUUUGUUCUU